CUGUUGGUAAUGCAGUAAUGCACAAAAUUUGACGUUUACAUAACCUUAACAUUUUACAAAUUUUCUCGUAGAAAUAGCAGUUUUAAGCUUGCAAAAUGUGUAGUUUAAUUAGAAAUACGCGAAGUUUGAUUAAACCCCAAUUUCAAUGUGCAUGUUACUCGGUUUUGAAGCAGCCAAAGCCCGAAGAGCCUGACGAAAGUUCCCCAAAACCUGUGGAGCCCCCAAAGCAAGUGGACAACAAACCGGCGGUGCCUGAAGAGAAAUACGACCCCAGGUUGGUUACUAAAGAAGAUAUGAAGUGGCGAACGCCUUGGCAUCAGAAGGAAGCGAGUUAUUACAGCACAUUGCGAACGUUUUAUUCAGAACACAAUCAGACUGAUUUGCUUAAACUUCUGCAAACUCCGAUCAACUUAAGUCCGUCUGCGAUUAAGAAAUGGUGGGCUGAGAAACAGGAAUAUAAGGAAAUGAUGCUCCAGUCGUACAUUCCUGCAAGGAAUCAGACGCUGGGGAAUGAGCUAGCGGCUGCUCAUUUUAUCGUGCAUAGGGGAGGGGCUGUUAAGUUCUACAACCAGGACAGGUGGAUCAAGGCUAAUAAAUAUAACGAGUACAAUUUGCCAAGGUUUUACGAGGAGGAUAAAGUGCUGCAAGCUAUUGAUUGUACUGAUAUGAAUUUGUUCUAUGAGGGGUUGUCUAAUUUGAAGGAUUUGAAACAGGUGGAGUGGUUGAGGUUUAGUGGGGUUGAGAAAUUUGAUGAUUGGUAUUUGGAUAGGAUUAGUAAUAUGUUCAAACAUAGUUUAGUGUAUUUAGAUAUAAGGGAUUGUCCCAAUUAUACUGAAAGGGGGUUGGGGGCUUUACAUAGAAUGGAAAAACUAAAGAUUUUGUGUAUUGACGAUAUGUUAAUGACUGAAUCUUUCGAAAUGACGUGUUUGUUGCUGCAAGAAGUUAAUCCACACUUGGAUAUAAAAAUUGGUAAUUUUGAUUGAACUUGUAAAAUUAGAUAAGCAAUAAAUAUUUGUUUAAAUAAAUUUUUGAGAUAUAA